AUGGGAAGAAAGAUUCUUUUUCUUCUGAUGGUGGGGGUCUUUGUCGCAUACUAUAUUUAUAUACCUCUCCCAGAUAAUAUUGAAGAGCCAUGGAAACUACUGUGUGUGACCACAUGUAUGAAAACUGUAACAGAUUUGAUUGUGUUUGCUGAGCUAUUGGGAAUCAACCAUUUCAUAAAUAUUGCAAUGUUCUUUGUGGGCCUUCAAGAAGUCCCACCCACAUCUGAUGAAAAUGUCACAGUGAUGGAGACGACUUUCAACAACAUUCCUGUCCGUGUAUAUGUGCCAAAACAAAAGCCAGAGAAACUAAGAAGGGGCUUAUUUUAUGUUCAUGGUGGUGGUUGGUGUUUGGGGAGUGCUGCUUUGUUUAGUUAUGACUUCCUGUCAAGACGGACAGCUGAUAGACUUGAUGCUGUUGUCAUUUCAGCCAACUACAGACUAGCACCUAAAUAUCACUUUCCAAAUCAGUUUGAAGAUGUAUAUAAUGCAUUAAAGUGGUUCUUGAGCCAAGAUGUUCUUGAUAAAUAUGGUAUAGAUCCUGAAAGGAUUGGUAUUUCUGGAGACAGCGCUGGAGGGAAUUUAGUGGCAGCGGUGACUCAACAGCUCAUAGAUGAUCCAGAUGUCAAGAUCAAACUCAAGACCCAGUCUUUAAUUUAUCCUGCCCUUCAGACUCUUGAUAUGGAUUUACCAUCAUAUCGGGAGUAUUCACAUUUUCCAACUCUGUCCAAAUCAAUGACGGUCAGGUUGUGGAGUGAAUACUUUACCAUGGACAGAUCACUUGAAAAAGCUAUGCUCUUCAACCAACAUGUACCAGUGGAAUCAAGCCAUCUGUUCAAAUUUAUUAAUUGGAGUUCUCUGCUCCCUGAGAAUUAAAAAGGACACGUUUAUAACAGUCCAACUUAUGGUAGUUCUGAGCUGGUUAAAAAAUAUCCAGGGUUUCUAGAUGUGAGGGCAGCCCCCUUGUUGGCUGAUGACAAUAAAUUACGAAGUUUACCAUUGACCUAUAUCAUCACCUGUCAAUAUGAUGUCUUAAGAGAUGAUGGAAUUAUGUAUGUCACCCGACUUAAGAAUGCUGGAGUUCCAGUGACCCAUAGCCAUGUUGAAGAUGGAUUCCAUGGAGCAUUUUCCUAUUAUGGAUUUAAAAUUGCAUAUAGAAUGGAAAAUCAGUAUAUGAAUUGGCUAAGUGAAAAUCUAUAG